AUGACAACCAAUAGCACUGGAUUCAGUGCACGAUCGCCGAAGGAGGACUCUGCGACGAUUAAUAUCUUGCUGAUGAUUUUAACCAUCAUACUAAUGUUUGUCUCUGUCGGAGGAAAUGCUCUAACAAUUGCUGCCGUCAGUCGAUUUAAGAAUCUGAGGUAUCCCAGUAACAUCAUGAUCGCAGCUCUAGCGAUCAGCGACUUCUUUGUGGCCUCUCUGUUCACGACCAUCAAUCUGUUACGUACACACAUGCCAUUCCUCUUCACGGUCAGGCCAUCUUGCUUAGUGGUUUUAUUCAUAACACAGACCGUGUCGCUAACCAGCGUUGUGUUUCAAGCAGUUCUGUCGCUUGAGCGAUUCUACGCAAUUCAGUUCCCGUAUCACUACCACGCACACGCCACGACAGCGAUUCAUGCGAUAUGGAGUGCUUCUAUAGCUGCGGCAAUUGUGGUUCUGAGCCUUCCUGUGCUUUCUGGAAUAGAUCAAUGGUCAGAAGAAGUCGUAUGCUACUUCCCACUUUUGUUUCCAAGUUCAUACACUAGAAUUAUUGCAGCUAUAGUCAUUAUAUUUCAGAUUCUCGGUCUGUUGGCGUUUUUGCGAGUUUUGUUUGCAGAAAUUAAAUUCAGAUGUCGAGAUCGAAAUCUGCAGACGUCGGAGAUGGAGAAGCCAGCCUCGUUGCAGUCCACCCUGAUGGUCCUGGCGUACGGGGUAUCCUUGUGUUUUUAUAUGCCGCACAUUGUCUACUAUUUCUUGGGAACGUUAUCAAACUAUUCACAUAACCCUUUAAUACUGGAGGUAUUACGAGUGUUAGAUGUUUGUAACACGGCUGUGAACUAUUUUAUUUACGGCUUCAAGAACAGAAAGUUCAGAGAGGCAUACAAGUGCCUUUUGGGAUUUAAAAGGGCGCACGUCCAACCGCUUACCACUGAUUGA